ACUUCGCUAAAUUUGCAAAAUCAACCACUUCAUUCGUCGGAUUUUGCUAUCACCUCCCCGUCGAAGGGAACCCCUAGACGCCAGAAUUCCCAGUUCCCAUUUCGCACCAAGAUAUAAUAAUAUGCCCCUUUCAUUCUCCCUUCAAUUUUCUCCCUCAUUUACUCACUCUUCUUCUUCUUCCACAAUUUCCCCACUCUUCCGGCCAUGGCUUCCACAGCCUUCGUCUCUGAGGACGGCCGUCGCCACCCAAGUGGUCUGCAUUUCAACUCGACCCAAGAAGAAAUCAGGGGCAAAAACUGACCGGUCGGAGGCUGAAGAGCUGGUUCGCGGCGUAAUCAGAAAAUUCAGCGACAAAGAACCAUUGCUCAACACACUGGACAAGUAUGUCCGCGUUAUGAGAACAGAGCACUGCUUCCUUCUAUUUGAGGAAUUGGGAAGAAGGGAUAAAUGGCUCCAGUGCCUCGAGGUCUUCAGAUGGAUGCAGAAACAACGGUGGUAUAUAGCUGAUAAUGGGGUGUAUUCAAAACUGAUAUCUAUAAUGGGAAAGAAGGGCCAAAUUCGGAUGGCUAUGUGGCUCUUCUCUGAGAUGCGAAAUAGUGGGUGUCGACCUGAUACUUCUGUUUAUAAUGCACUUAUCACAGCGCAUCUUCAUUCUAAGGACAAAGCCAAGGCUCUGGUUAAAGUGCUUUGGUACUUUGAGAAGAUGAAGGGAAUGGAGAGGUGUAAGCCAAAUAUUGUUACUUACAACAUUCUUACAAGAGCGUUUGCUCAAGCUGGAAAAGUGGAUCAAGUUAAUGCCCUGUUUAAAGAUCUUGAUGAGAGCAUUGUUUCAGCUGAUAUAUACACAUAUAAUGGAGUGAUGGAUGCAUAUGGGAAGAAUGGGAUGAUCAAAGAGAUGGAAGUGAUGCUUUCUCGCAUGAAAAGCAAUCAAAUCAAACCAGAUAUCAUAUCCUUUAACUUGUUGAUUGAUUCAUAUGGGAAGAAACAGCUGUUUGACAAGAUGGAACAGGUGUUCAAGAGCUUAUUACGCUCCAAGGAGAGGCCGACGCUGCCUACUUUCAAUUCGAUGAUAACGAACUACGGGAAGGCACGGCUUAGAGAGAAAGCUGAAGAUGUUUUUAGGAAGAUGAAGGAUAUGGGAUAUGAUCCAAGCUAUAUCACUUGUGAGAGUCUUAUCAUGAUGUAUGGUCACUGUGACUGUGUUGCUAAGGCUAGAGAAAUAUUUGAUGGAAUGGUUAAUUCUGGGAAGGAGGUCAGAGUUUCAACUCUCAAUGCCAUGCUUGAUGUUUACUGCAUCAAUGGUUUGCCUGUGGAAGCCAAUUCACUGUUCGAGAGUGCGACUUGUAUGAGGUUGUGUCCAGAUUCAACAACAUUCAAGCUUCUGUAUAAGGCUUACACCAAAGCCGAUCAGAAGGAACUUCUGGAGAAGCUCUUGAAAAACAUGGACAGAGCUGGCAUUAUCCCAAAUAAGAGAUUCUUCCUCGAUGCUUUGGGAACUGUUGGAACUUCACCAGAAAAACAAGCAUCUGCAAGAACUAGAACAGGUUCAAGAAUUUAGAAAGUAGUGUGAAAAACCAUGCUGAAUAGCUGGGCUUAGUUUAAGAAUUUUAGUCAGUUUUCAUUCUUUGGGAGCUUCUGGACUUCUAUUGAACAAAGGUGCGGCAGUUCUACCAAAA